AUGCAGUGGACGUCGCCGCUCCCCGUCUGCGUCACGCUGGUGGCCCUCGUGUGGACGCUGCAGGAGACGGAGGCGCGGCCCUACAGGACAAAGCGCGUAUCAGACCAGCGUCUGGCGGAGCUGGAGACCCUGCUGGUGCUGGCCAAGAUCAACAGGGAGAUGCAGCUCAACAUGCCGCUCGGCUACGGCGUCGCUGACCCCUCUAAACUCGGCAGAAGAAAGCGCACCAUUGCUUCCUACUGGGAGCCAACCUCGGACGGUGUGGUGAUGCGAUCGGACGAUCUGUCGUCCCAGCUCUCCCUGCGGGCAUCGCCAACGGCCGAAGACGAACUUAGCCUAAGCGACCAUCUCAACAACAUGAUCGUCUAAGGUCACAAGCACGUGAAGCGGCGACGCGCGGGGGCGCGCCGGAGGCCGGCGCCGGACGGCGCGUCAGCCUCACCUGGGG